UGCCACGUGAGCAGUGCCACAUUAACAACAGUGCCACAUCAGCAGUGCCACGUCAGCAGCGCCACAUCAGCAACAUGACGGGCCCAACUCUGGGCAGGCCAGGCCAACUGGCCAACGAGUCUAUUGCCGACUACAAACAACGGUUCCAGACUCAUCUCGCAUUGAUCGAGGGUGAGGAACAGUGCCAGCUGGCAGCCGAGGCUGCCCGCCUGCAGGCUGAAGCAGCAGCAACAACUGAGAAGCAGCGGCUUCAGGCCGAAGCAGAUGCAGAUACCCAGGCACGCUGCAAGGAAGCCCAGGAUCUGCUGCAGCGGCAUGAAACCACCAGCAUUGAAAGGCUCAAGUUUUGGCACUUCGAAUCAUCAGAGGAGCACGAUGACGCAACACCGGAGGAGCAGCAUAAGGAAUUCAUGGCCAAGCUCAUGACCAGGUUGGUUUACACCUGUAACCACCUGCAGUCCGAGCUGGCGAAUCUCCAGCGGGCCGUGCGGAACCACAAGGCUCAGCACGAGGAUGCAGCACGGGCACUUGAUUCCCGUGUACAGGACUUGGAGCAAACUGCACCAAGACCGGAGGCUGGUGAGUCCAACAGUGCACCCUCAACCUGCCAACUGGAGGCACGCGUCGAUCACGUAGUGGCAAUGCUAAGAGAUAUUAGCACCUUCGCAGCGCCAGCCACCAUCAGCCAGCAGUUGGACACACUGAAGACCGAGAUCAGGCAGCGACAACAGCCGUCUGACCCCGAUCGCAGCACCAGCACGGCGAAGCAUUACAAGAUGCCGACGUUCCGGAUCGAGAAGCUUUAUGAUUACACACAUCAAGACCCGGUCUUCGACCUACACAAGAAGGUCUCCUGGGAGGAUCUGACAAAGGAAUGGAAGAAGCGGUUCAUAGUUGACGACGCCCCGGCGCUCGGCAUCAACCGCAUCUUCACGAUGGCUCAAGGAAACACAGCGACACGUGAUUGGCUCACGGAUUGGCAGAAGAUCGUGGCGACGCCCGAUCUGGACUUACCAUUUCCGCAUCUGCGCCGGGAGUUCUACAACCGGUCAUGCGCCGCUUUGAGGCUCGCACUUGGUGAUCGCGAGCACUACAACACCUUCGCUGAAAUCAUCAACAAGGCAAGGGAGAUCAUCAAGACAAACAGGGCAGCUGCACAUGAGAAAUCAGCAUGGCAGCCAACCUAUGUGGAGAAGGUGAAAACUGGUCCGCGACCACAGCAGUUCGCUGCACUCCAAACAGACAACAUUGUGGAAGACCCGGCAGCCACCCAAGCGUCACAUCGGAGAGGCGACCUGCAGCGUUUUGAUCGAUUGCGGAGCAUCUCGCAACUACAUGAGCCAAGACUUAUGGUACGCGCCGGCCUUGACCCACGCGUCCGGAGGAAGUCCCAGCCUACGCAAGUCACGUUGGCAGACGGUUACACGCACAAGUCAAUAGACCGGUGCAUAGAUGACGUCCCCGUGUACUUUGCCCCGCACGCAAGCGAGGCGGUGUCCUUCGAUAUCUUGGACACCAAAUUCGACAUGAUCUUGGGCAUGUCAUGGUUGCGAAGCGAGGAUCACCCGGUGAACUUGUACCGCCGCACCGUUCACAUUCGUGAUCGGAACGGAGUACUAGUCCCAUGCACGGUAGCUCCUCCUCACCCUUCGAUCAGCUGCCACGUGGUGUCCGCCGCAAGCAUGCGAGCUUCCAUCAUCAGAGACGACAUCGAGGAGAUGGGGGUGUGUUUUCUCCACGCCCUUCCGCCCCAUGACGCUUCAUCGACGGACUCAUCUUCAAACCCACGCAUCACCGAGCUUCUCGACGCCUACGGCGACGUGUUCGAAGGCCCGCACAGAGUAGUACCGGAUCGGCUCAUCUUCCACGAGAUCAUCCUCGAGGAUGGGGUCGUACCUCCGCGCGGUUGCAUCUACCGAAUGAGCGAGGAAGAGUUAAGUGUGCCACGGGCACAAAUCGACGACCUUCUGGAGAAAGGCUGGAUUCGGCCUAGCUCAUCGCCAUACGGUGCUCCUGUUCUCUUCGUCCGGAAGAAGAACAAGGAUUUGCGGUUGUACAUCGAUUAUCGCAAGCUCAACGCGCAAACGAUCAGAAACGCCGACCCUCUUCCGCGCAUCGACGACCUUCUGGAACGACUGGGCGGCGCCAAGUUCUUCUCCAAGCUUGACCUCAAGUCGGGAUAUCACCAACUCGAGAUUCGGCAGGAGGAGCGCUACAAGACCGCGUUUAAGACGCGAUAUUGGCAUUUUGAAUGGUUAUGCCAUUUGGCCUUACGAAUGCCACGGCCACUUUCCAAGCGGCUAUGACAACGGAGUUCCGAUACAUGCUGGAUCGAUUCGUACUUAUCUACCUCGACGACAUCCUGGUGUACAGUCGGAGUUUGGACGAGC